AUGGCCUCUCCGACGCAUCCACUGGCCUCGCUGAUCUCAUCAGAAGGACGCACCAUGGUUCUGUCUCCGGAUCGCGACAUGUCGCCCGGAUCGCCCGAUCUCGGAGGACACACCCCAGCGGUCCCCGAUCGGCCUGGGUCUCCGCGCCAUCUAGGCCCAACCGGAUCGCCCACAAUCCCCACAGGAUCGCCAGAUCGACAGCCGACCAGACCCUCGUCUCCAUCCCGAGACUCGCCAUCUAGAUCGCUAGAUCGCGGGUGGUAUGCUCCUAUCGUCCCAGAUCAACAUGAGUCUCUCAGUAAUCCCAGAUCGGUCGGAUCACUCUCGACCGCCGCGGAAUUAUCAGAUCGUUCCUCCGAGCCAUUCCCGCUUCCCACUCCUCCGGGGGCCCCAGAUGCGUCCAGAUCCGACAUCCCGGCCGCUAAUGAAUCUCGUGAAAGGUCUGCUCCAGCUGUGGGCGUCACCGACUUCGUUCCCAGAGUCUCUGCCGACGACGUUCGUCUCACGAUGGCCACGAUCUCGUAUUUGUGGGAUCGAGAGGCUACCUUCUGCAGCCAAGCCGACACCAUUCAUGCGCUCCAGCAAUCCUACCGAGAUGCCUUCGUCCGGGGGGAUCGCUUACAAGACGAGCUUGAUUCGCUAUACAGAUCAGCCGCUCCUUUUGUCUCCUUCGUCCAGCUUCGAUAUGACUGGAUGCAGGGCCGCUACGUCGACGCAGUGCAUUCUUUGAGUGAUUGCCAUCGAGCUCUGCGGACAUAUCGAGAUCAAUCGGAGGAGAUUCGUCGGCUACGCACUUUGAUAUGUGCCAACGACGAGGCUCAGGGGAACUUGGAACGACAGGUGGAUGCUUUGAGGGCUCAGCUUGAUUCGCUCCAAGCCGAACUCAACUCUCUCCGACAGCAGCGUGAUCAGCUGACCAUGGACAAAUCCUUCCUUCACAUAGAUUUUUUGCACUUGAAGGAGCAAUUGGCUCAGUCUCAGGAGGAGAUCGCAGAUGGACUGUCUUCGAUCAGCGAUCUCAUGCAACAAGUGGAUGGUUUGACUCCCCUAGAGGGUCAGUUGGCACUUUCGCAGGCGGAGAACGCCAACCUACGUCGUCAGCUUGCGGAACACCUCGAGAUAUACGGCCAGUUGCAGGUGGUGGAGCAUGAUCGGGAUCAGGCUAUAGCUGAACACCGAGCUCUCCUCGACACACUGAACAGUGCUAUACUCGGAUCCCGGUCGUCUGCGUUGAUCGCUCGAUCGACGCCUAAGAGUGCUACUCCGGUCGUAUAG